AGUUGUUUUCAUUCAUUUUACUCAUUAUUAUUCAAUUUAUUCAUUGAGUCUUUCAAUUGUCUUAAAUAUCAUUGAAUUCAAUGUGAGUCUGUCAAACAAUACAACAAUUACUAUUAAAUAAUAUCGCUUUUGAAGAGCUAUUGAAGAGGAAUGGAUCCGUUAUUAUCUUUAUUUGGUAAUGAUUUGGACACCGAUGAAGAGGACCUGAUGGGAGACAAUGGUAUUGAUAUGAGCGGCAAAACAUUGUUGUCGGGAAGCGAUUGUCUUCCGCCCGAAUGUGAAGAGGGAAACGUUGAGUACAAACUCAAACUCAUAAACCCAUCGAAGUAUAGGUUCGAGCAUUUGGUCACUCAAAUGAAGUGGAGGCUCAGAGAAGGACACGGAGAAGCGAUUUACGAGAUUGGCGUCGAAGACAAGGGUUUAUUAAUCGGUCUGUCGGACGACGAGGUGAACGCCUCGAUGCAGACCUUGUAUUUAAUGGCCGAGAAAUUGGGCGCAACUCUCACUGUAUUGAGAGAACGAAUUAUAACCGGAGACGAAAACUCCAAGAUUUAUAAAUAUACGGAUUGUCAACAGAAAUGUAGAAAAGCUAUUGAAGUGUUGGUCCGAAAAGUACCCGACGAUCAGCAGACCAUUGAACUCAGAAUUGCUGUUUUGGGUAACGUUGAAACCGGAAAAAGUACUCUCUUGGGUGUAUUAACUCAGGGAGAACUCGAUAACGGGAGAGGUAGCGCCCGAUUAAAUCUGUUCCGUCACAGGCAUGAGAUCCAAACGGGAAGGACUUCGAGUAUAAGCAAAGAAAUUUUGGGAUUUGAUAACAAAGGCGUUCCCAUCACUUAUAAUAUUCCCGUAAGAGUGGAGUCAGAAGACGAUGUGAUCACUUAUGGGAGUAGACUUACAACCGAUCAUAUAAUCCCAAUCUUUACGGUUUCGUGUGUUUCUGGACAGGGAUUAGAUCUCUUAUACAGAUUCUUAUAUGUAUUGCCGCCUUCUAUGACAGUCAAAGAUCGUGAAAGACUCAUACAAUCGGACGUAGAAUUUCAAGUUGACGAGACAUUUCAAGUGCCAGAAGUCGGUCAGUAA